GAGUACAGAGAGAUAUAUUGAUCUUGACACAUCUAGAGUUUCUGCCCCUCAGCCCAGAGUGCCUGAUACCGAGAACCGGGGUGAGGCGAGAAGUACUUGGCCCACGGGGAUGCCGCGAACUGCGCCAGAUACCAUAUCGCUACAACAAAGUCCAUUGAUGGACACGGAAGGGUGGACAAGUGCGGAAUAUCAUCUACCUAACUCGCGGAAUGACAUAUCUUCAAGCACACCUUCUAAUAAGAAUGCAACAUUCCACUUAGGUAGUGAUAUUCACCAAUGCCAGUCAACUGAAUCCACAAAUUUUCCUUCAAUGAACCGUGGUCCAAACCAUAAUGCUUCUCUCCACUCGCCAGAAUCUCGGUCAAACACAAACGCGGACAGUUAUUUCUCUUCUACUCUCCCGACUCAAGGCUAUAGAUCUGACAGUUCAGCUCAGGCUAUAUACUCGUUAGGACCACAGCUGAUUCCCAACGCGCUGGAAGGUCCCUCUAUUCCAGCGAUCGACCCUUCUGGGCCUCUACUGUUCCCAGACCAGCAGCCAAAUAUCCUCGCUCCGCCAGUUGAUCCUUCCGGAGACUUAUUGUUCCCAGACCAGCAGCCAAAUGUCCUGGCUCCGCCAGUUGAUCCCUCCGGAGAUUUAUUGUUCCCAGACCAGCAACCGAACAUGUCUAUCUCACUCAUCCCACACAGCAUUCGUCUUUCAUCCCCGGAAAUAGCUACAGCUGUUGGCAAUAUGGUACACCGAAUUCAACAAACACUUGAAACGCAAUCUCUUUAACAAACACGUUCUUCGUUAAAUCCAGUACUUGAUCUACACCAGCCACAUAUAUCCGACAUGCAAGCUUCGAUUUGAGGUAUCAUGGCCGUUCACAAUGCACAACCCAGAAAAGAUAUCCAUAACGCUGAAUUAUCUCUUUUUCAAUGACACAAUGAUAAGAUCAAGAUGAUCCCCGUAAAUAGUCCUUUCUUUUUCGAUAUGGUGGCAUGCUAGUAAGGGCUCGUCUGGCGCGAAAUUUGCAGAUCCAUUCAAUGGGAAAACAAGUACAUGUCCAGUUCUAUUUUGUAUCGACCCGUUAUGGACAAGGUGAAGUACGUUAAUCUUGAAAACUUGGAAGUCACUGUUAUUCAACUCAUUUUUCAGUUUAUCAGUCAGGUUAAGAAGAUCUGAACCGGUGUACUCCCAGCCAAUACCAUGCUUGUGUUGGCCGAUAUCUGCUCUUUUCUCAUCGAUGAUGCGCUUGAUAGACGCAACGAUUCCUUGUGUCUCCUCUGUUAGCGUUUCAUAUGCCAUUGUGCUGUAACAAUGCUAUAAGCUGAGGCAGUCACUCUGUGCUAGUCAAACCAAGAAAAUAAAUACGAACCAAAGUCAAGGGGAAUUUUAGUGAGGGGCUCGGCGGGGUGAUCCAGUGCACGUGACAAGC